AUGAUAUUAAAAAUAUCUUUUAUAUUACUUUUAUUUUCAAUUAUUGAAGUUAUAUUAACUAAAAAAAUAGAUGGUGAUUUAAUUUUUGUUCAAGCUAUCUGGAGACAUGGUGAUAGAGCUCCAAGUGAUUUGCCAUAUCCAAAUGAUGUUCAUACUGAAAAUAAAUGGGAAGAUGGAUGGGGACAAUUAACAUUGAAAGGUAAAAGUCAAAUGUUAAAUCUUGGUAAUUGGUUUAGAAAAAGAUAUACUCAUAAAUUUGUUAAUAGCACAUAUAAACCACAAGAAGUUUAUAUUAGAUCAUCUGAUGUUGAUAGAACAUUAGCAAGUGCUCAAUCAUUUAUUUAUGGAAUGUUUCCAAAUACAAAACAUUCUGGACAUAAAUUACCAACACAAGCUGUACCAAUUCAUGCAUCAAGUCCACGUGAUAAUGAUCCUUUACUUAGACCAACAGGUUUUGAUUGUCCAGAAUAUGAUAAAAAAGAAGAAAAUAUUAAUAAUAAUUUACAUGAAGAAUUAAUGAAAAAUUAUAGUGAUAUAUUACCAUUAUUAAAAAAUGUAACAGGAUUUACAGAAGAUUUAACAAUAAAAGAUGUUGGAGGUUUAUGUAGUAUUAAUAUUGAAAUUAUUCAUGGACUUAAUCAACCAAGUUGGGUAUUAAAAGAAUGGCCACAAUAUGAUAAAAAAACAACAUUAGAUAUUGUAUGUGAUAUAAAAAGACAAACAAGAUUAGGUGAAUUUCAAAAUAGUGAAUUAGGUAAAUUACGUGGUGGAUAUCUUCUUGAUAAUUGGCUUGAUAAUAUUAAAAAAAUAAUAAAUCAUCCAAAUGAUUCAUAUAAAAAAAUGAUAUUAUAUUCAUCACAUGCUGAAACAGUAUUAGCACUUAUGUCAGCAUUAAAUGUCUUCCCUGAUGAUAUAUUCCCAUAUGCAAGUGCUAUUGUUAUGGAACUUUAUAAAUCAGAUAAUGGAACAUAUUAUGUUGAUUUAAUUUAUAAACCAAAUGAUAAAUCAUCUAAAGAAUUAGAAAUACCAGGUUGUGAAAAACCAUGUGAAUUUGAAACAUUAGUUAGAAUAUCUACAGAUCGUGUAAUUGAUUCAAAAAAAGAAUUAUAUAGAGAAUGUGCUUUAGAGUAUUGUGAAAAAUCAAAUGGUGUAAUAUUUGAUUAUGCUGAUUAA